UUUUUGAAUUUUCAAGUUAGUAUGUUGAAUUUUCAAGUUAGUAUGUUGAAUUUUCAAGUAAGUAAUUUGAAUUUUCAAGUUAGUAACUUGAAUUUUAAAGUUAGUAUCUUGAAUUUUCAAGCUAGUAUGUUGAAUUUUCAAGUUAGUAUGUUCAAGUUAGUAUUUAGUAACUUGAAUUUUCAAGUUAGUAACUUGAAUUUUCAAGUUAGUAUCUUGAAUUUUCAAGCUAGUAUGUUGAAUUUUCAAGUUAGUAUGUUGAAUUUUCAAGUUAGUAUGUUGAAUUUAGUAACUUGA